AUAGGAAAGUACAGUAGGACUUUCAUGUUAAUAAGGUGCUGAUGAAUACUAUCUUAACCAAACCAGCAAAAAUCAAAUAUGAAAAAGUUGUCUUUUUUUGCUGAUGACAUUAUUGGCAACCUGGAAAACCCAAGAUAUUUCAGUAAAAAACUACUUACCCAGUAAUAAUUAAGUUGCCUACAUGCAACAGAUAAAAAGAAGUAACUUUUGUCCAUUCUAACAAAACGAAUCUAGAAAUGGAAGUGAGAAAAAUAUUUCAUUCAUAAUGCCAAGAAAAAAGCUAUAAAAUACGUAGGAAUAACUUUAACAAAGAAAUCAUAGAACAUAUAUAAAAAAUGGCAAAAUCUUGUUGAAGGACAUGAAACAAGGUUUGAACAAAUAGAUGGAUGUACAAUGUUCUUGAGUGGAAGACACCAUCAUAACCAUGCUACUUCAUUCAAAGUUAAUACAUAAAUUUACUGAAAUUCAAAUCAGAAGUUCAAUGGAAUUCUUGGGGAGAUUGGAUAAAAUGAAUUUAUAUGCUAUCAUAUAUGCUGAUCAAUAGCCAAAAAAAUAUGAAAAAUAAGGACAGUGAAGGAGGACUUGCUUUAUCAGAAAUAGUGACAUAGUAUAAAGCUACUGCUUUGAAAUACCCUGAUAUUUCUACAGAAAUAGACAAAUAUAUCAGAAUAAAGAAUUCAGAAACAUAUCCUAAAAUCUGAGAAUUUAGCAUAAUGCAAAAAUGGUAGUUAAAUUCAAAGAGGAAAGAAUGGGUCAUUUAACAAACAGUGCCAUUACAAUUCUAUUCACCUGGAAGAAAUUAAAGAUGGACUUAUAUUUUGAAACAUAUAGAAAAUAAUAGAGCAAGGUCCCAAUAGAAAACAAAACAAAACAAAACAAAGUCUUGAAAGAAAAUCUAAGAAUGUACAUGUAUGCUUCAGAUGCAAGGGAGAUCUUAAAAAUAGUAGCUAUAAAAAAGUAAUAGCUGUAUUUAAUCAUCUAAGAAUUGAAAACUUGGGUGUAACAAAAGAAACCAUAAAUAAAAUUAAUAUAUAAUUGAUUUAGAAAACUUAAAAAAAAAUGACAAAUGCUUAAAGCUGUAAUAUAAAAAGAUCUCUUACAAAUUGGGGGAAAAAAAGCACAGUAGUAAAUAGGAAAAGGCAUGAAUAGGCAAUGCACAAAAGAGCAGAUCCAAACUACAAGAAUGUUCAAAUUUAUUGGUUGUCAGGGAAAUGAAAAUUAGAGUAACAGGGCUACCUGGAUGGCUCAGUUGGUUAAGUGUCCAACUCUUGAUUUUGGCUCGGUCGUGAUCUCAUAGUUUGUGAGUUCAAGCCCCACCUUGGGCUCUGUGCUGAGAGCGUGGAGCCUGCUUGGGAUUCCCACUCUCUCCCUCUCUUUCUGACCUUCCCCUACUCAUGCUCACUCUCUCUCUCUCAAAAUAAAUAUUAAAAAAAAUUAGAGUAACAGUGAGCUAUUACUAUUCUGGCAACAAUUUACAAAAGUGGUAACAUUUAUUUUUGUAGAUAUGUGUUGUUCCAGCUUUUUUGGAAAGCUAUUGGGCAACACCACUGACAUUAAAAAUAUGUGCACUUUGACCCAGUGAUCUCACUUCUGGGAUUCUAUGACACAGCAUUAAUAUGCAAGGAUGUAUAUAUAAAGAAAAAAAUUUGUAGCAUUGUCUGUAGGGGCCAAAAACUAGAAACAAGGUAAAUGCUUAUUAACUGGGAAAUUAGUAAAUAGAUUAUGGUCCAUCCACAUUGUGACUAUUGGGCAGCCAUUAAAAAGAAUAAAUUAGAGGAGUGCCUGUGUGGCUCAGCCAGUUGAGUGUCUGACUCUUGAUUUUGGCUUAGGUCAUGAUCUCACAGUUGUGAAAUCAAGCCCUGUGUUGGGCUCUCCAUUGACAGCACAGAGCCUGUUUGAGAUUCUCUCUCUCGUCCCCUCUCUUAGCCCCUUCCCUGCUCAUGUGCUUUCUCUCUCUCUCUCUCUCUCUCUCUCUCAAAAUAAAUAAACUUAAUAAAAAAAGAACAAAUUAGAACACCUCUCCAGAUAGUUCUCUGUGCCUUUUUGCAUAUUUCUAUUCUGUGGCAUAUUUCAGUGUAUAAAUUAGAAAAUAUAAGCCUAUUUCCUAAUUUAUUUCUCCUAAAAUUCUUAGGUUACUUGUCUACAUUUCCCUUCUUCAUUAUACACUAAAGAUGAAACUAAAUUUGAGGCACAUGAUUAAAUGAUACCAAAGAACUAGGCAUGGAAAAAAUUCUGGUGUUGGCUCUCUGUGAGUCUUGUACCAUGUAAACUCUAUGUAACUGUGUACAAUGGCUAAGUGAUCUUUAGUUUCCCUUUCAACUUAAAAAUCAUGUUUUUCUCCCUCUUAUGCUCUUCAGGUAACUUCAGGAUCAGCCUAGCACAUUAAGUUGAUGGAUGGAGGAAAUCACUCAGUGGUGUCUGAAUUUUUGUUGCUGGGACUCACCAGUUCUUGGGAGAUUCAGAUUCUUCUUUUUUUGUUUUUUACUAUAUUUUAUAUAGCAAGUAUGUUAGGAAACCUUCUCAUUGUGCUCACAAUCAUUUCAGACCAUCACUUACAUUCCCCCAUGUACUUUUUGCUGGCAAAUCUUUCCAUCAUUGACACUGGUGUUUCCAGCAUUGCAAGCCCAAAGAUGAUUUACGACCUUUUCAGAAAACAUAAAGUCAUCUCGUUGGCAGGGUGCAUUACUCAGAUGUUCUUUAUUCACACUGUUGGGGGUACGGAGAUGGUGCUGCUCAUAGUUAUGGCCUAUGACCGAUACAUUGCUAUCUGUAAGCCUCUCCACUACCUGACCAUCAUGAGCAUAAGAAUGUGCAUUUCCCUUUUGGCUGUUGCCUGGACCAUUGGACUCAUCCACUCCAUGGCCCAACUGGCUUUUGUUAUAAACUUGCCCUUUUGUGGUCCCAACAAAAUGGAUAGUUUUUAUUGUGAUUUUCCUCGGUUCAUCAAACUUGCAUGUACAGACACAUAUAGACUGGAGUUUCUGGUCACUGCCAACAGUGGUUUCAUCUCCAUGGGCACCUUCUUCAUCUUGAUUGUGUCUUACAUCUUCAUCCUGGUCACAGUUCGCAAACACUCUUCAGGUGGUUCAUCCAAGGCUCUCUCCACUCUCUCUGCUCACAUCACCGUGGUGGUCUUUUUCUUUGGUCCUUGCAUUAUUGUCUAUGUGUGGCCAUUCCCUACCUUACCAAUUGAUAAAUUUUUAGCCAUCUUUGAUGCCCUUAUCACUCCUUUUAUGAAUCCUAUUAUCUAUACAUUCAGAAACAAGGAGAUGAAAGUGGCAAUAAAGAGACUGUUUGGUAAGGUUUUAAGUGUCAGGAAGAGUUCUUUCAUGAACAAUCAAAGCUAUUUGGAUUCAUCUUGACUAUUUUUGGAAAUUAAUCUCUUUAAACUUUUCAUAAAUCUUUUCAGUUUAGUUAUUAAUUUCAGUAUCUACUUGAAAAUCGUCCUCAGGACUCUGUUCUGAUCUGGUCAGUUUUUUAUAGGGACCCUUACCCUGUGGAUCCUGAAACUAUUGAGGAGGAAUUAAUUCAGCCUUGGAAUACAGUGUCUUUCUUGUUAUAGAAGAAUAUGAAAUCUCACAUACUGGGCACAUUUUCCAUUAAGACAAAUGUUGGAUACUCCUCUUUGGUAAUGAUUCUCAAAGACAUGUCUCUUCUGUCUACAUAUGUACUGAUAUUCAUACCCUCUGAGUUUCUUUUGUCUAUAUACUUGGAGGAAUAAACAAAAUGAAGAUAGGUGCCUAGGUAGCUCUCAGAAUUUGAGGCUUCUAACAUCUGGAUUUGACUAUACACACUCAGAUUUAGCUAAUAAUGAGGUUUUUAGAUUUAAUGGGAAUUUGAAGGCAAAAUUUGGGAUAAAUCAUAGAAUGACAACCUAGGAUACUUUAAUAUUAUUAUUUAAUCAAAUGUUUUGAGACCAGAGAUGUAAAGUCCUACACCACUCAGUGUGUAUCAUAAUUAUAUUUUACCCUAAUUAUUUCCUAAACAAUUUUUAUAUGGUAAAGAAAGCUAUGUGAAUAUUAAAAGAUUAUAAAUGGAUUGAAUAUUUUGGAGCUAAGGAUAGGUAGCACUGGCUUAUGAAUGAAUAAAUAAAAUGCAAAAGAUUUCUAUGUUAUAUGUAUCAGGUUUAUAAGUAAAUAAAUAGCAAAUUCAAAGUAUAGACAUUACAAAAGAAAAUUUAUUAUAAAGCUGUCUACAAAUGAUGAGAUGUAUUAAUGAAUCAUCUAUAAUGAAGAAAUGUAUUAUACUUUCCAUGUGAUAAAAUAUAUAUAAUUAUUAAAAAAAUAAAUAUGCUGUUUUGAAGUGGUAUAAAUAACUAUUCAAAGUAUCUCACUACUUUUUUUAAGCUAGCAAAUAAAUAGGAGCAGGUGUUGAGUGAAGGUCAUUAUCAUUCACAUGUAGGUUAGGCAACUUGUUAUGAAACUGGCCGGCUAUUCAUGAGCACCAAGAUGAUCAUCAUCAGCAACAGAUUAUUUGUAAAAGAUGGGAAGAAUCAUGUUCAAGGCUAAAAUUGAUGCUUUUUUUUCUUUCUUUUUUUUUUAAUGUUUAUUUAUUCCUGAGAGAGAGAGACACAGAGUGUGAGCAGGAGAAGGGCAGAGAGAGAGGGAGACAGAAUCUGAAGCAGGCGCCAGGCUCUGAGCUGUCAGCACAGAGCCUGACGUGGGGCUCCAACUCACAAACUGUGAGAUCAUGACCUGAGCCGAAGUGUGAGGCUCAACCAACUGAGCCACCCAGGUGCGCCUAAAAUUAGUGUUUCUGACAAAUCUUUACCCUCUUCCCUUCCCAGAUUUGCCAGUGAAUCUCAGCUGCCAGAUGAGAUACUCUCAAACUUCAGGAAAGAUAUAUUGGUACUCUUUGUAAUUCCUGCUUUUAUGUAUUGAAAUUUUUUAUUCUUUUAAAUAUUGAGGUAUGAUUGACAUAUAACAUUUUAUUAGUUUCAGUGUACAACAUGAAGAUUUAAUAUUUAUAUAUAUUGCAAAAUGAUCACCACAAGAUGGUAGUUUAACAUCCAUCAUCACACAUAUCUACAAAUUUGUUUUCUUAUGAUGAAAACUUUUAAGAUCUAGUUAUUCUCUUAGCAAUUUUCAAAAUGCAAAAACAGUAUUAUUAACGAUACUAACCAUGCUGUGCAUUACAUCCCCAGGACUUAUUUUAUAUCUAGAAGUUUGUACCAUAUUUUUUUUAACCACCCUUCCUCUGAUGUAUAUAUAAUUAGGCAUCACAUUUUGCUAGUAGAAAGCAUGCUAUAAUACAUCUUUGUGCACUUUUUUUUAAUGUUUAUUUAUUUUUGAAGGAGAGAGACAGAACGUGAGUGGGGGAGGGGCAGAGAAAGAGGGAGACAAAAUCCGAAGCAGACUCCAGGCUCUGAGCUGUUCGCACAGAGCCUGAUGUGGGGCUCAAACUCAUGAAUUGUGAGAUCACGACCUGAGCCAAAGUCAGAUGCUUAACCGACCGAGCCAUCGAGGCACCCUGUGCACUUUUUUUUAUUAUUUUCUUAGAAUAAGAUCUUAGAUAUGUAAUUACUGGUCAAAGAGUACCCAUAUUCUUGGGUAGUGGGGAGGAUUUUGUUUAAAGAUUUAGACACUGAAUUAAAUGUUUUCAUUUUCAUUUAAAUAAAUAUAUAUGCAAAAUUUCCUUUAUUAAUAAGUCUCAAGCUCAAUAGUGUUAUACCUCUUUACAAUUUAGGCCACCUGGUUUGCUGAGUUUUUGUUAAGAAAAUGUGUUGCAUUCGGUCAAAUUAUUUUUCUGCAUCUAUUGUGAGGAUAAAAAUGAUUUUUCUUUUCUAGUUUUGAUAAAGUGAAUGACACUGAUUAUUGAAUCAUCUUUGAUUUGGGAAUAAAACCAUUUGAUCAUGAUGUAUUUGCUUUGAUAUACUUUUGUAUUUGCUCUGCUAGUAUUUUAUUAAUAAUUCUGCCUCUGUGUUCACGGGAGUCUGUCCUUUUAAAAAAAUGUUUUUGGUUUUGGUGUCAAAGUAAUGCUAGCUCUAUAAAAUGGAUUGGGACAUGUUUCCUUUUUCAUUUUCUGAGAAAUCUGUGCAGCAAAUUUAUGGCAUUAUUUCUUCAUUAAGUACUUGGUGGAGUUUAAUAGUGUUGCCAUUGGGGCCUUGAUUCUUUUUUGUGGGAGUUUCUUUUUUCUUUACUACAAAUUCAAGUUUUUUAGUAAAUAGAAGGUCACUCAGAUUAUUUCUUCUUGAGUGAGACUUGGUAGUUUUGAA